GAGAAACACUCUCUCAUGUAACAGUGUAGCUGAGUGAUGGCAAGGUUCCUUUUUGUACUGAAGGUUUCACUUCCCUGUUUUUUUAAAAGCUACUUCCUUUAGUUUAACAUUUUUCUAACUCAACUACAUGUUUUGUUACACGAGUAGAACAUAAUUUCCAUUUGGCCCGCUUGGGGAAAAACAGACUCGCUAUACAGUCAGUGUGAUUGGAAGCUUGUUCAAGACGGAGGCGGCUCGACAGGAGAAAAACCCUGCACCCGGCUGUAAGAAAUGACGAGGAGGCCUGAAUUAUUGGAGCAGCGACACAUGAGCUUAUAAAGACUGCAGAUCUGUGAGCUAGUGAGAUGGAGGAAGCGUACAGUGAACUGUACCAGCAGUUUCUCCAGCUGAGGUCACUUUGCCUGAAACAGGCAGCUCUAUUACAUCAACUCACAACAACUCUGCAGAAACAGCAAGGCAAUGCGGCUCCUAAUGGAGAGUUGAGUGAUAUGACAGGGAUGGUCCAGUUUACACAAGAAAUCCCUACAUAUUUCCAUAUAAAGCCUCAACCACUAACAGCCACUGCACACGACCCCGCAGCACAGCAUGGAGUCGAUCGCCUCUCUAGAAAUGUGGAGACUUUCUCUGAUGUCCUUGCUGACGAUAUGUCCAAGCUCUGUGUGGAUGUGCCUCGUCAGAGAAAUGAAGAUGGGGAAUUGGAGCAAAAGGUUGCACCCCUGUUAAGCAUGGACUCCUCAAAGUGGCGAGGAGCCUCUUCCAGUGUCUCAAAAAAUGUGGGAGCAGAUCAUCUUAAUGGAGACAGGGUGAUGCACACAGUGAGGAUGCCUGCGACGGACCAUCCCUCCAUGGUCUGUGACUUCUUGUGUCAGUCUGACCAGAUGCUGAUGUCAGACGUGGCGCUGCAGUCUCACGUUUGUGAGUUUUGCCAGGCGGUCUUCCCCGGAGACACGACCACCAGAGGAGAGUUCCUACGUCACCUUUACACCCACGUCACCUAGUCUGAAGUGAACCGUCUUUUUAUCCCGACAUAUGAGUCACGUGUUUAUAUGAUGUGCUGUGAUGGAUAACUCAGUUACUCUCAUGUCUGGGAACAGCAUUGACGUUGGCCUGUUGUUCAUAUGCUGUUUGUCUUUGGAUAAACUGUGCAGAUCUGGAGGCUGGCAUCAUUUUCUGUCUCUGAGAUGUAAAAUAAAAAGUGGAAAUGGACAGCAUUAAGAUACUGUGUUUUUAAAGGGUCAGUUCACAUACCUCUACAGCACUAGUAUGUAGCCCUGGUUUUAUUUGAGAUUUAUGUCCUAAUAUAAUGGCAAUCAGUUUUUAUUGGGACUAUUUCUUCAACAAUUCUUUGUUUUCUUUGUGUGUUUAAUUCAUUUAUGACAUGUGUUUCACAGAGAGAAUGCCUAGCAUUAAUUAUUGUCACUGCUCUCUCUGUAGAUUCAGCUUGCAACUAUUACAUAGGUCCUGAAAUAUAUUUAUAAUUCAUCCUACUUCUUCUACUUCGGUGACUAUGGUGCCCAGACAACAGAGACGCUGCUCUACAGUCUGAGAUAAACAGAGAUUACAUCUGUUUGAAGGACACCCACAUCCUGAUGCUUGCAUGUAACAAUAUAUAGAAGUAGCCUUUGUUCAGGGGAAUAAAACCUUCAAAUGAAGAGACUAAUAUGUGAUGUUCAAGCAAAAUUGGCCUUCUAUUCUACCUUUCUGAGUUUUAUUGUGGUUUCUGGUCCAGAAGGACAGGAAAGUAAUUUUGCUCUGUUAUUGGACUUUUUGUGUGCUAUUUAUUAGUUAUUAGCAAAGGUAAUGCCAUCUUUGUUACAUCGUCAUGAAAGGGUUGAAAUGGGUUCAUUAGUACUGACCAGUAAAUAGUGCACCUUUAUGUAACUGUAACUUUGUUUGCUUUGGUUUUUUGGUGCAAAUCUUAAUGUCCGUAAGUUAUAUGAUGCUGAUCUCUGCAUUUCACUGUGCACUUAUUGAGUCUGUUUUAAUCAUGACCCCAUUUAAAUCAUCUGUUUCAAGUUGGAUUAAGAAAAGAUAAUAAUUAAGUUUAUUAGUUUAUUAUUUAAAACCUUUUCUUAAACCUUUUGAAUUUGCAUGUUGCACACUCUUUAUCCUUACAAACACUGCCCACAUAUGCAUGUAGCGCACAUGUAAUGCUCAUCAAAGAUUUGAAUGCAGAUAAUUAGACCUGCUAAUUUAAUUAAUGGUUAUCCUGCUGUUUUUAAAAAAAAAUGUUUGCAGUCAAGCAUUAAACUGAUCAGCUGUCUGCUGCUGAGCUCUGUGUUACAGAGGAAGAACACUGGCUAAGAAUAGACUCAAAGAUGUAACUCUCUAAUUUGUGGUGCUGACAGCUGAUUGAUGA